AUGAGCGUCGCCCCGGCAGAGCCACGCCCCUCCCUCAGCUCCAACCACUCAGAAAGCGACAAACGGCCAACCACUCUACGUAGCACGUCGGAGCCCGCCUUCUCCCUCUCUUUCUAGGAGACGUAACCACGGUGCGCUCCGGGUCUCCUCCUCCCGUCCGGAGAGGACGUUUCUCCGCGCAUGCGCAGAGAGGCAGCCUCGCCUCAACCUCCUGGCGCACGCGCGGCCGCUGCUUGACGCGUGCGCAGCUCCGGCCUUUUUUAUAUAUAUAUAUUAAUUUUUUGAGGGGGGGGAAAAAGCUCCGCCAUUUUGCCGGGCUCCUUUCUGAAGGGGAAUUUGAAGCGAGGAAGGCUCCGAGCGGCUGAAGUGAGAGAGUCGUCGCCGUCGUCGUCCUCCCGAGAGAGAGACGACGGGAGGUUGGAGGAGGAGGGGAAGCUGAGGGGGGAACCAACCACCGCCACCAUCUUUGCGUUUGGGGCGCCUGACGGGGGAGGCCGGGCUAAGCCUGAGCGGAGCCUCCCGCCGCCUCCGCUGGCCCCGCCGGAGCCGCAGACAGAGCAGAGCGAGCCCCGCCCCCGACGGUGAGUGAGGAGACCGUUGGGUCGUGUAGGCCGCGCGCGGAGGGGGCGGGGCCUCGAGGACCGUUGGCGCCUUCCAGCAGGCCGCGCCGGGUGGGGGGGGGAGAGGGAGGCAUUCGCCCCGGCCGCGCACGUGACCGGUUCAUAAGCCUGGCGAGCAGCGGGGGAAUGCCCGGAUGCAACGGGGUUCUGUGGUGGGCGGGGCGACUCCAGUGCAUUCCCAUGCGUUCCCUUCUCUCCAGAAUGAAUGAAUGAAUGGGUCUCCUGUAAAAUCAGUGGUUUUUUUCCGGGGGGGGGGAAGAGGUGGGGGAAGUUACCGCGAAGUUUAUUGCGGGCCCAGUCGCAGUACCGACACACACACACCCCAGCAGUGGCUAAAUGUUAAGUUGUGAUUAAUCAGCUCAAGCAGACAAGGAUCUGAAUUAGAAAUGGCCACGAAUUUAUUGAUUACAGAUAUAGGUGGAUUUUUGGCUCAGGCAUUGGGUGUAUCUCCAUAUCAGCCCCGUCAGACCAAAAAAAAAAAUGAUUUAUUUUUUUAAAGGUCAGGAAACUCAGUUGCCCUCAGUUCCUGCUUAAAAAAGAAAAAAAAAACCUGUAUAAAAUCACUUUUGAUGUUGGCUCUACUCUGCCCUCCUUUAUUAUUUAUUACAUUUAUAUCCCACUUUUUCGCCAAGGUGGUGAACUUGGUUGUCCACCCCACCCCCAUUUGGUCUUUCAAUGACCCUGUGAGGUAGGUUGGGCUGAGAGACAGUGAUUGGCCUAAGCUUCAUGGCUGAGCAGGGACUAGAACUCUGAGCCAGAUUUGAUGAAGUGAACGUGAGUGAGGGCCAACCAAAGCUGUUGAGCUUCUUUUAGGAUUGAAGUUCUUGAGCUUUUUUUUGGAUUUUACCCCGGGACAUAUACUGCCAUGGGGGCCGGAUUAAAUCGACUGGCGGGCCAGAUUAGGCCCCUGAAACACCAAUGAAUGCAGCACAGUGUAGACUCCUCCUGUAGCACAGUAAUGCUCCUUCUGGGAAAUGAAUUUGACUGGCCAACUAAACUAGGCGAGGGUCAACGAUAGGUCUCAAACCCUCAGUGAGUUAGGAACUUACCCUGCAUGUGAAGACAGGCUCAGGUAGCUGUUGAUAGCCUUCUCCUCCAUAAUUGUAUUGAGGAAUCUUGUUUGGCUCUUUUAAAAAGAGGGGGAAAGUUCCCUGAGACUGACUGUGAGGCAGAUGCUUUUGCUACUAGCAAGAGGACCAAUGAGCUCCCUGCUUCCCAGAACAUAAGAGCCCGAUGGAUCAGGCCAAAGACCCAUGUAGUCCUUCCACUUGUUCUCAUAGUGGCCAACCAGAUAGCAAAAAGCAGGGCCCGAGUGUAAGAGUGCUUUCCCCUCCUACCAGUUCCCAGGGCUGGUAUUCAGAAGCAUUACUGCCUCUGAUCAUGAAAGCAGAAAUUAGCCAUCAUGGCUCGUAUCCAUCCAUAGCCUUUAUCCCCCAGGAAUUUCUCCAAUCCUCCUUUAAAGCCAGCCAAGUUAGUGGCCGUAACUGCCUCUUGUGGGUGAAUUUCAACAUUUAGCUGUGAGCUGUGUGAAGAAGCUCUUCCUUUAGCAACAGUUAAUGUUUUUUUCUUUUUUCUGAACUGGCCCUGUCUUCUUCUUUUGCAGAUUCUGGGGACCUGAGAUGGCCGCGCAGUCAGCGCCGAAAGUCGUGCUUAAGAGCACCACCAAGAUGUCCCUCAACGAGCGGUGAGGAGCCCAACGGCCAACUUCAGCUCAUAAGAUUUUUUUAAAAUUUUUAUUUUUGCUUAGUUAUCACUGUGUUCGAUAUCCAGAGCCAACAUGGUCCUUGCCCUGCUUUUAACCUACCCAGAUGCAGAGAAGCAGGGGGCAGCUUUGCGUCUGCCUUAAAUCCGACAGCAAGCGAUGGUACACAAGGUUAAAAGGGCCAAAAUUGUCUGUCUGAUGAUAAAGCUGAAAACGGUAAUCUGGUGGGAUGUGUUCUAAGGAAAACCUCGCACCCUCCUUUUUUUCUUCCACAUGUGUUCACAUUAUAUAGGUGACCCCUGCAGUGCGGUAGCAUGUGACCUAAGCUGCAGGAGGCUUUGCUGCGGUGUCCAAGGCGGACACACAUCCUUGUGUGGUCUGGCCUGUAAGAGGCAGGCAGCUGGCCGCUCUGAUCAGCCCGAAGGCUCCUUGGCCACAGUCCUUGGACCUUGUAAGAGGCAAGUGCUCCGCUCCAUUCAUCAUCUGCUUCCUUUGCCCUCUGCAUGCCCUCUCUUCUCCUUCCUUUUUCUCCUCUCCUCUCCAGUGCAUUCCUAUAUGUAAAAUUUCCAACUAAUAGGUGGUGCUUACAUUGUGUGGCCCUUGUGUACUCUGUCUCUGUUAAGAGGGUUGGUAAUCUUAAAACCUGGUCAUCUCUCUGGGAAACGCACAGCUGGUUUCAAUGGCAGGCCAGGAGAAGAGGGAUCCAGUGUACAGAGGUAUGGCAGGCUUGGAUUAUCUGAGAAACUCAUUGAGCUGCUCUGUUGGGGUGGUUCCAGUACUAGUUGUACUUUGAAUUGGUCCCUUGAAACAGUUGGGCAUCUACAUCCAUUCUGUCCAUUAAUUUCAGUAGGUCUGCUCUGAGGAGACCAUACAACUCACAGUCAGCUGCUCUUUGAUCAGGGAUGGGGAACCUGUCACUCUCCAGGUAUUGCUGGACUUCCAGUUCUCCAUCCACCCCAGCCAGCCUGCUCAGUGGACAAGGAGUUUUAGUCAAACAACGCCAGGAAGACCAUGGGUUCUGCCCACCUUUGGUAUAAAUGCAUGACAUUACAAUUGCAAACAAAAUUCUUUCUAGCCUUACAUAAUGUCUAUUCUGUUAGAGAAUAAAUUGUGCCUUUUUACAGCCAUGUUGCUGAAUAACAUAUCUCCUGUUCUUGGAUUGGCAUUUCAUUUGUGUCUAAAGUUUUCAUCAGGUGUUCUUUGAGGGUGUAGGGAUAGUCCUUUUGCAAUCUGCAGAAUACUAUUUAAUAAACAGUGCAGUACUACAUAAGCUUAUUUGGAAUUAAGUCCCACUUUGCUCAAUCAAGUGCACUUCCAAGUAAAUCUUCAUAGCAUUAUUGGAUAGGAAUACACACACACAGGCAAUAGGGUUUGCAGCCUUUCUGAACAAUCGGGGGAGCCUGCUAGCUAUGCUGUAGACCAGGAGUGGGAAACAUGCCUUUCGGCAUUCAGAAAAUGAAUUCUAAGUUUCCAUUUGAAUUUUUUUGGAUUUCUUGCCCCUUCUCAAAAUUGUAGGUGUGUGAGUUUUGUUAAACCCUGGGAGUCAUGGAUCCUAGUACCCUCCAGAUGUUGCUGGACUACAACUCCCAUCAUCCCCGGCUGUUGGCCAUGCUUGCUGGAGCUGAUGGAACUUGGAGUCAGUAACAUCUGGAGGGCCGGUGGUUCCCCACACCUGCUGUAGACUCUAUUCCAGAGUUUUCCAAACUCUGUGUCACAAUACGUUAGUGUGUCAGCUGCAGUGUGUAGUUGUGUUGCACGAACGCUCCCUGUGCUCCUCCUGGCAAUGGAAAGGGUUAGUUUAACCUCCAGUUUGAUAGUAAAACUGAAUUGCUGUGUUGCAAAAUGAUGCGUGUCCAAAAAGCAUGUCACCAACUUGAAAAGUUUGGAAAGCUCUGCUCUAUUCCAUAGCAACAGGUUUGCACUUGUGGCCAUCUUUCUCCUUCAAUUGGGGAACCAGUGGUCAGGCCACACCACACUGUAGGGGGCUUCCUAUAUGUUAGUGGCGUGCGCUCAAAUUUUUGAUUUAUUGGAAGGCUUCACCAACGAGAUUGGACUCCACCGUCAGGGGGUAGCUGCUUCCCAUCGUAUUUUGAAGGUUGUAUUAGUACUAUUUGAUAUUGAGCCCUUGCUAACUUGGCAGGGUGAGUGGCAUCAUAGACGUGGAAAGGGGCUAGGUCCUUGCCCAGAGAAAAUCCGUUUGAUUUCAUUCAGCCACUCAAUUUGUAUGCUGCUUUUCCAGAAAAUAAAUCAUGCUCAGAGCGGCUUAUAACAAAGAAAACGGGAACACAUUGCAAACGAAUGCUACAAAGACUAUUUUUACAAUAACUUAGCAAACAUUAACAAUUACAAUAGCAUAGCAAAACCCCACAUUUCAAUACUAAAAAACAUCACAAUAUUACUUAAACAGCAUCCAGAAAACCAAAAGCAAAAAUGACAAAGGAGCUUCAUAGUUUCGCCUUAGUCCGAGAAAUACCCCUCCCGUAAUGUGAUUGAUUUAUGACUCAUUUUUAACAGUUGCUCACCAGUGUGCCCUUGUCCUGUCUGCAUUUGACCUUGUGGCUCUGGGCCUAGAUUGGGCAGCAGGCUCCAAUUGCUUGCUCUGUCCCUGCACCUGCCAGGGCAUGGAGUUUUUGGUGGGGAGGGGGGUCUCCAUGUGGGGAAAACCUGUUGCCCUUCCAGCUGCAGUUGGGCUCCUGACUUCCACCAGCCCCAGCCAGCAUGGCCAGUUAUUUGCUGAAGGAACCAUUUCUGGAGCCAGGUCCAAACUUUACUUCGAAAGCACAUCCUGUGUGCUGUUUGAGAUCCUUACUCAUAGGGUUUGAAUGCCCCCGGAAUGAGCAGAGAACGCUUCCUGCCAACGACUGGUUUCUUUCCAGCUGGCAGCCCUUUGUGUCUCCUGGUUUAGGGUGCUGCUCAGGCCCAUAAAGGGAGAGCUGAAAAACCUUGUUUGUGAGCAGCAGCCGCCUUUCAGAAUCUGGAUCCAACCCUCGUUUGGACUGGGUGCAAAUCUAGCAGUAUGCUAGUGGCAUAAAGCCGAUUGGCAGUUUGUGUGUUCCCUUAUGUGUCCAAAAGAUGGAAACUGCCAUAAGAAUUGGAACGGCAUUUUUGCCAUAGUAUUAGAAACCCCUGGGAUUGUAGUUAUGGGGGGGACACGUCCCAUUUCGUAGCUCCCUCAUAAAUAAGCUAACGAAAGUGACUAGCUUGCUAAGAAACUAGUAGUUCUCACCUCUCAGCCCCCCAUCCUUCCGGCACAUGCCCUGCCUAAAAGUACUCACUGUAUGUGGCUGCCAGGAGAAUUAUUAAAUAUAGGGCUGGUUCUUUAAUUUUGCUACCUUUGAAGCAUUGUAUAAUAAUAAUUAUUUAUUAUAUCAGUCAUUUUAUAUAGCAAGUAUCAGAGCAGCUUGACAAGGUGAAAUACAACUUAUAAAAGCAAUGUAAAUCCCUAGGAGUGAGGGGGAUUCUGAAACCAUGAACCAUACCAAAAUAUAGCAACAUAUAAAUAAGGACCAAGGCCUGCCUGCCCUGCUUAAAGCUGAGCACUGCCACAGACGGCAACAUUAAUUAAUCAAAGGCCUGGUUGAGUUAAAAAGUAUUGGCCUGAUGCCUAAAGAUUGGCAAGGUUGGCAUCAGGCAUGUCUUCCUGGGACCUCCAGGUGGCAGCAUGGGACCACUAGAAAAGGCGUGUUCUUGUGUGAUCACCCUCCGCACCUCCCUCAGGUGGAGCACUCAAUGAGAAGGGCUUUAGAUGAAGACCGCAGGGUCUGGGCUGGUUCCUAUGGGGCGAAGAGGUCCGUUGCAGCUUCAAGAUGACCUAGUGGUUCAAAGCAGCUUGAUUUGGCAAUUCCUCUCUUAGCCUCCCUUUGCUGGCCAAUUGAGUCAGUCCAUUUGCAACCAGCACUGCUUUCCCUUCACCUUUCUCUCCAUCUUGCUUAACUGCUUUGUGUGCUUUUUCCAUCUUUGCUUCUUCAUUUUGAGAUCACAUGAAAUUUGAUUUUUUUAUUUAAAAAAAUCACUUCUGUUUUAAAUAUACUGCACUAAUCCAUACCCUUUUGAAUGUCCUGUCCUUGCACGUCUUCUGGAAAACGAGGAAAAGUCUGUAGCUCAUUAACCUGCGAUAAAUUAAAAUGUGUACCACGUUGUUGGCGUUAAAAAAAAAAAAUUGUGGGCCGCGGCCGCCCACUCUUAAGGGCCAUGAAAUGCCAGUUGAGAUGCUUUUGUAAUGACAAGCUUUUGUUUAAACACCCGUUUUGUUCGACCUUGAAGCUUUACUAAUAUGCUGAAGAACAAACAGCCGAUCCCCGUGAACAUUCGAGCCACCAUGCAGCAGCAACAGCUAGCCAGUGCCCGGAACAGGAGGCUGGCCCAGCAGAUGGAGAACAGACCUUCUGUGCAGGCUGCGUUAAAGCUCAAGCAGGUGAGAGAGGCGCAGGAGAGCCAGCAAUGGAGCCUUGGCAGCCGGGGGCUUCAUUUGGGUGGGAAGCACAGGUGUGAUAGAUGGAUGCCAGCUUCUGGAAACCACAGGGUCCUGCUUGCAGGUUUCCCACAGCGUGGUCCUCUUGUGAGAUUAGGAUUCUGGGCUAGAUGGGCCAUUGGCCUGACCCAGCAAGGCUCUCCUUAUGCAAAUCUUUGGUCGAUGUUCCUGCUGGUGGGCCACGUCCCACGACACCUCCUGCUGCCUUCUAGGAAAUAAUCCUUUGUCCAGGUGGUCUGAUCCACCAGGGCUCUUAAGGAAGGACUGCAUAGCAAUCACCAUAUGGCUUCACUCAGGGGUUGCUAACCUGGUGCCCUCCACCUGUUUCGGGUGGCCACUUGCAUCAGUCCCAGCUCAGUCAGUGAUGGAGGGUGUGUGGUGGGAGCUGUUGUUCACGACAGAUCUGGAAGGCACCACAUAGACGUACCCAUUAUUUGUUUACUUCUAGUAUUCAUUGUGUGAAAAAUAACAAAAAAGAAACCGCAAACACAACCACACAAAAGGCAAGAACGAUUGCAUGCCAUCCCAGAAACAGAAAAUGGCCGCCUAUGUCAUUGUGCUGCGUAAGGUUAAAGCAACGUGGGUUGAUCUCAGGGACUUGGCUACAGCAGAGGAGGUUCCCUUGCACCUCGCUGUGGUAGGCCCCAAAAGAUUACAGGCUUGUGACCGAAAUCCCAUUCUGGGAGAGUUUGCCCUUCUGAGUUUGGGCCUCAGAGGACCAGGGUGGUGGUGCAGCUUUGCUGGUUUUGAUCAUGCAAUCAUUUCCCCCCCUGUGUAGCUUUAGUCUCCAUCUACAUUUGGGCCCCAGGGUGGCGCAGGCAGCCGUGACACGUGUGUAGCAGGUGCGGCUCCAUUGGACGACUUGUGUGAAAUGACCCUUUUCAAAUGAGAACAUAUGGCAGGAGCUAAAAUGCAGUAGAGUCCUGAACGGGUGCUGCUCCCUGAAAGAGGCAUGGUCAUCCCCUACUUGCAAAAGGUGGCUCUGAUUUAUCUCAGGGUGCAUCUGCGGUCCCCUCCUUUCCCUUUGUCUGAUCUUGUUAGGAUGUAAAGGUAAAGGGGCCCCUGACCGUUAGGUCCAGUCGCAGACGACUCUGGGGUUGCGGUGCUCAUCUCGCUUCAUUGGCCAAGGGAGCCGGCGUACAGCUUCCGGGUCAUGUGGCCAGCAUGACUAAGCCGCUUCUGGUGAACCAGAGCAGCGCACGGAAACGCCGUUUACCUUCCCGCCGAAGCAGUACUUAUUUACCAUAUUUUUCGGCCCAUAGGGCGCACCUAGUUUUUGGGGGGGGAAAUAAAAAUUAUUUCCCCCCCCCCCCAGGUGCGGGGCUGGGGCGGGGGAAGCCCGAGCUUCCCCAGCCCCCAGAACAGGCUGCUGUCCGCUAGCCGUGGGAGAGCUGCGCGACUUCGCGCAGCUCUCCCACGGCCAGCAGAGAGCUGCGCAAAGCCCGAAGCUUGGGGCGUGCUGAGCUCAGCGCGCCCCAAGCUUCUGGGUGCAGAGAGCUGCGCUAAGCCCGAAGCCUGGGGGGGCGCUGAGCUCAGCGGGCCCCCAGGUUUCGGGUGCAGGCACCUCUCCCCAAGCCAUGGGAGAGCUGCGCGACUUUGCGCAGCCCUCCCCCGGCUUGCGGAUAGCUUCCUGAAGCCUGGAGAGCGAGAGGGGUCGGUGUGCACCGACCCCUCUCGCUCUCCAGGCUUCAGCGAAAGCCUGCAUUCGCCCCAUAGGACGCACACACAUUUCCCCUUCAUUUUUGGAGGGGGGAAAGUGCGUCCUAUAGGGCGAAAAAUACGGUAUCUACUUGCACUUUGAUGUGCUUUCGAACAGCUAGGUUGGCAGGAGCAGGGACCCAGCAACGGGAUCUCACCCCACGCAGGGAUUUGAACAGCUGGCCUUCUGAUUGGAAAGCCCUAGGCUCUGGUUUAGACCACAGCGCCACCCGUGUCCCUGUGAGGAUGUACCUUGGUAUGAUUUCAUGAGCUACCAGGUGACUUGUGAGAGCUGGAGAACCAUGUUUAACAUUUCAUAUAUUUACCGCCACUCACAUAAUAAUCCAUUAUACACUGGUCUGCUGAUGUGAUAAACCAUUGCAUAGGUUUUAUGUAAUGGUAUUUAAAAUAAAAAUGCAGCGCAUCUCUCAAAAUGUUCUGGGCACAUCUUCAUUCCCUCCUCAAACCAAACCAUGUUGCUUCACCCUUUUUCUUCCCCAGACCUUUCCUGCAUUGAACCAAGAGCCGUGGUGAUCACAUGUGACCCUCUCUCUCUCUUUCCCCCCCAUUACUCCCAUCUCAAGCAGCUUGCGCCCGCCCUUCCGUGCCCGCUGCUCGCUGCUUGUUUCUGUGCGACGUUUUCCUGUCUAACACUCUCUUCUUCCAGAAGAGCCUGAAGCAACGCCUGGGGAAGAGCAACAUCCAGGCGCGUUUAGGCCGGCCGGCGGGACCCCUGGCCCGGGGUGCAUUAGGGAGCCGAGGCUUGCCCAUGGGUCAGAGAGGCUUGCCCCGAGGAGCCAUGCGCGGCGGGCGUGGCACCAGAGCGUUGCUACGGGGAGGAAUUCCCCUCCGAGGUUAGUGUGUCAGUGAAUUAGUUCACUUAGGACUGGGGGGGGCGGCUCCGUUUUCUGUCUGGAGGCAGCAAUCCUUUCUGGGUACCCUUCCAAGAAGGGCCACGUGCCAGUGUUGGGCAGGGCAAGGAGGAACAAUGGGUGGAAAAGUUAAGGCCAAUUUUACCUUUGUACUGUAGGCUACUUUCUGCACAUACACACGCGUGCCCUUCUCCAUCUUCCACCCAGAGAGGCAUGGUCAGAGUUCAAAGGCACGUCCCAGCCAGGCAAAAACACUCAAGGAGAGGGUGUGAAGCAGGGCCCAGGGGCCUGGGAGCAGGGGUGGGGCCUGGGAGAGUUCUGAGGGCCAGAUAGGGAGACCUUGAGGGCCACAUUCAACUCAGCCCUCAGGUCUGAGGCUCCCCAAACUUUACUUGCCAAAUAUCACUUGACACCCCCCCAAAGAUAUAUCUGAUGAACAAUAAUACUAUGGGGGGGGCAGAACUGAUGUCCAUUCUUCACACAGCCUGUUUGCUGUGUGCUCUGCUCCCCCAGUUUGGGGGCUCAGUACAUAAACUUUGACAUAGUCCACAUGUUAAUCUACAUGAGUCUGAUUGCAUGGCGUGACUUCAGUGGAUUUAGUAUACUUGGUGCAAACUUGAGAGGGGGUGGGAGAGCAAGGAGUUGAGGAAAGAGAAACUUGGGAGCCUGCCCCCAACAGAUGAAACAGUUUUCCGGUGCCAGAUUUAGGACAUACUACCAAGGGGGCUAAUAAUUAUUAUUACUAUUAUUAUUAUUAUUAUUUAUUAUUUAAAAACAUGUAUUUACUAAGAUCCAUAAAAAUGCAACUGUACCAAAAGGAAGUAUUACUAAAAUAAGAUAUUUGGGGUGUGUGGAUUUUUGUCCUUGUUCAGGGCACCAUAUUACCAAAGACUCAGCCGCCUUUAGCAGAGCUCUGCUUCUCUUCAGCUAAGUUUGCUAUCCUGGAGUAAGCUCUGCUUGUUUUGUUUUGUUUUAAGUCCCUAGCUUCUGUAACUGCAGAGAGAAGCCUGGAAAAUGGAAAACGAGGCUGGUAGGCUUUGAAGCCCAUAGGUAAUGGGUGGUGAACUUUCAGCUGUGACUCCCAUCAUCCCUGACUGUGGCCAUGCCAGCUGCUGGGACAUGGGAGUCCAACAACAACUGUAAGGCUACAAAGCCUCCCCACAUUUGCCAUAGCGCAUUUUGGCAUAACAGUUACCUGGGCUGUUGCAACUUUUUUUGAAAUAGGAAGCCGACAACCAGUGAAGGGGCUAGGAUCCAAAAGAGAAUUCUCAAGCAAAAUGUGCUUUGGAGACACCAUUAUUAUUAAGCCACUGUAGAAUUUGAAAGUAGACCUGUAGUGCAGAAAUAUCCUGAGUUUGCUGGCAAGACCUUUUCUUCAAAAGCUCAACUGACGGUUGACUGUCUCUUUUCUCUCUUUCUCUCUCUCUUCCCCUUUAAAGGACAGGGUUUACUUCGGGGAGGACGCGGCAUAGCUGCUCGAAUGGGCCUGAGAAGAGGAGGCCUUAGAGGACGGGGUGGGCUUGGCAGAGGAGGGCUUGGCAGAGGAGCCAUGGGCCGAGGUGGCAUUGGCGGCAGAGGUGAGCACAACUAACUUGGGAUGUUACACUCACUUUCAUUUUAUUCCUGCAGCCUCGUACCUGGCAUUGCAGAGAAAUUCUAAGAAGCGAAAACAUCAGUCCCGUACUGAAAAGGUUUAGUCUGCCAUCUCGAUUCAGAAUGGCUUCCAGCUGUUUCCAAACUUUAGACGAACACCUGCUCCGUCACCUCAGGAACCGGCAUGCCAAAUUUGGUGGCGGUAUCUUUAAGAGGCAUCUAAAUGCUGAGCGAAGGAACAAACAGCUUUCCAAAAAAUAUACAGUAGAUUUACUGCAUGUGUGAAAACCACAGCACAGGAGAGGUCAGUUAUAUUCGUUUGCCGCUUUUUACACCAAAGUAUUUCGAAGCGACUUGAAAUGAAUAAGCAGGAAUAGCAAAAAACGUUAAAACCAAACACAGGAAAAACAUUGAAACCCAAGAGAGCUCUGUGGGAUAGACAAACAUUAUUAUUCAACAUAAGGCAGCUUUCUAUGAGGACUAGAAUAGGCCAUUUAAUCGGGAAAACUAAGAUCUGGGAUCUUGCUUUAACUUUAGGAGACAAGCCAUAACUCAAUGAUAGAACAUCAGCUGUGAAUGCAAAAGAGCUACAGUUCAGUCACUGAUAUCCAGGAAGGGCUGAGAAUAUCCCCUUCCUCAAACAUUGGAGAGCCCCUGCCAAUCAAUAUAGACCGGGGUUUCCCAAACUUGGGUCUUUCAGCUGUUUCCCAUCAUCCCUAGCUAGAAGAACAAGUAGUCAGGGAUGAUAGGAACUGUAGUCCAAAAACAGCUGGAGACCCAAGUUUGGGGAACCCUGAUCUAGGCAAUACUGAGUUAACUAGAUGGACCGAUAGCCUGGUGCAGUCGAAGGAAGCUUUCUGUGUCUACUCCGAUUGACAGCAGCCCUCUGAUCGCAUUUUAGCCAUCUUUUGCACUGGGGAGGCUAUGGGGCGGGAGCGGGGGGCGGUUUGAACUUCAUCCUAGAAGAGGAGGCAGCUGAGCUCCAGUGGUGCAGUGCCUAACCCUGUCCUCCUCCUCUCCCGCCCAGGUCGUGGCAUGGUGGGCCGGGGACGAGGUGGCUUCGGCAGCCGUGGGAGAGGCCGGGGCAGAGGCAGAGGCGCCCCUCGCCCCGCCCUGACCAAGGAGCAGCUCGACAACCAGCUUGACGCGUACAUGUCGAAAACGAAAGGACACCUGGAUGCUGAACUGGACGCCUACAUGGCCCAGACAGACCCCGAAGCCAACGACUGA